AUGACAGGCACCCCUCGACAGACAGAAACCCAACAUGUACCAUACCCAACAGUAGUUACAGAACCAUCAUCUCCUAAAGCUGAAGUGGCAGAAAUCCAUGAACCACCUUCAGCAGCCACUGUUGCGGAAGAAUCACAACCUGAUAUUCAACCACCAGCAUCAGAUGCGGAAACCAAGAAAUGGGGCACCCACGUUAUGGGACCACCAGCAGCACCGAACGUCCACCCUGACAACCAGCAAGCUGCCUUAUGGAAUGCCAGUCAGCACCAGCAAAUCUACGAGUAUCCAUACCUGGUUUAUACUCCAAUAGAAAAAUCGGAAAAGCCAACCCAGAAAUCUUUUGAACCUGUGAUCAAUAAAUUCCAAGAAUGGGGCAAGAAGGCAGAGACCAUAGCCCGUAACAUCUGGCACAACCUUAAAACUGGGCCGUCUGUGCCACAAGCCGCAUGGGGUAAGGUAAACCUGACCGCAAAAGCAAUCACAGAGGGUGGCUUUGAGUCUCUCUUCAAGCAGAUAGUUGAAACCGAUCCUAAUGAGAAGCUGAAGAAGACUUUUGCUUGUUACCUUUCAACAUCUACUGGCCCAGUUGCUGGAACGUUCUAUCUAUCAACUGCUCGAGUCGCUUUCUGCAGUGACCGUCCUCUAUGCUAUACUGCUCCUUCAGGACAAGAGGCUUGGAGUUACUACAAGAUUAUGAUACCUUUGGAAAAGAUAAGCACAGUCAACCCAGUUAUCAUGAAAGAAAGUCCACCAGAGAAGUAUAUUCAGAUUGUCACCAUUGACAAGCACGAAUUCUGGUUUAUGGGAUUCGUCAAUUUUGAGAAAGCAACACACAAUCUCUUAGAGAGUGUGUCGAAUUUCAAGGAAGCAGGAAAUGCAACUCAGCCAGUUGAUUCACGUCAAGAUUCUGACAGUUUUAUGGCCAACUCUAGUGCAUGGAUGUCGACGUUCAAGAUGCUAGCUUAA